AUGGAGGCAGCCGUGAGGACGCUCGGCGCGCAGCUGGCGGAGAUGCGGGGGGGACUGGCGGACACGCGGAGGGAACAGGCGGAGAUGCGGGGGGAACAGGCGGAGAUGCGGGGGGAACUGGCGGAGAUGAGGGAGCUGCGCGCGCAGAUGGAGGAGAUGAGAGCGAUGGAGCAGCGAGUGCGAAUGGAGGUGGCACAGGCGCGGGAGGAGAGGCAAGCAGGAGCGUAUGAGUUGCGGCAGCAGCUGACAGGAGUGAGCGCUGCAGUGGCGGAGAGGGGGAGAGAAUCAGGGGAGAUGGCUCGGGCUAUCAGUGCGCUCCAGGGCAAGGUGCAGGGGGGUAUGCGCAGCCGUGCAAGCAAGGGGGAGGUGGCGGCAGUGAGGAAGCGGCUGGGGGGAGUGCGGAAGGGUGUGAUGGGCGCGGUGAGAAGGGAAGUGGCAGCAGCGGUUAGGGCGGAAGUAGCAGCAGCAGCGAAGGCACCAGGGGCAGAGGCGGUGAGGGCGGAAAUGGCAGCAGCGAGAGGGGAGAGGGGAGGAGCGCAGCUACAGGCGCAGCGAGAGGAGUGUGGGAGUGAGUUUGAGCACAAGGGUCGUGUGGCACAGCUGUCGCAGGAGAAGAUAGCUCUCCUGUGCGAGAAGGCUGCUGCAGAAGCAGAGGUGAAAGAGCUUCGGGAGGCAUUGGGUGCUGCAGUGCGGAGGAAUGAUCAGAUGGGUGCUGUGCUGGCGGGGAGAGAGAGGGAGCUGGCUCAAGUGAAGGAGGAGUUGACAACGGUGAAGGAGGAGUUGACUGCGGUGAAGGAGGAGUUGACUGCGGUGGUGGCAUUGAGGCAAGCAGAAGCGACAGAAGCGAGAAGGGAGUUGGACGUUAACAAGAAAAUCAGGGAGAGCAGAGGGGAAGAAAGGAAGGCAUGGCAGGCUAUCAAAUUAGCGGCACAAUUCAACGACAGAACUCUCGAGCAGCUUCGCAAGCGGUUAGGUAUUGAUCAAGGAGGGGAAUAG